CUUUGAUUUUUUCGUGCCGUUCUUUCUUUGUCUCAUGUCAUGCGCAGAGAGGAAAGCUUUAAGCUCUCAGAGUCUUCUCUUCUAAUCUCAGCUGCGACUGACCCAGAACUCUCUCAUCAUUCCAGCUCUCAGCCCUGCCACUAGUGGCGAUCUCGUCCCUGCCUAGCAGCUCUGGUCGGGUGUCGUACGGUCGUGUCACCAUGGCCCACGAGACUUUGCAUGGAUCAUGCUCGUGUGGUCGUAACGAAUACACCAUCCAAAUUCCCGACGAUGUUGCCGACCAUGCUAAUAUCUAUUUCGACACUGGCAGAGACAGCCGCCAAUUUCUCUCAUCCUGGCUGCGGGUCCCUCUAGAGUGGUAUAAGUCACACACUCUAUCCUUCUUCCCAGAUGAGACUCACACUUCGAUUCGUCGCGUAUUCACACCUCUCAAUGCGCCCAACACUCGUCGCAUCUUUUGUGGUUUCUGCGGGACCCCAUUGACCCUCUGGACGGAAGAGCCAUCGGAAGAAGCCAAUUUCAUGUCCGUCUCAAUUGGCACUUUGUCUCGUGAACACCAACGUGUCCUGGAAGAUCUGGGCUUGCUUCCGGAGGUAAUUGGUGAAGAGAAAUCCGUUACUGGACUGGCAAAAUCGUCGGCUGUGACAGCUGGGUCCGACAUUCGGCCCUCCGCGAUUGUGGUUCCGUCUCUUCGUGAGGCUGAUAUCUCUCGAACCUUCCACCACGGCACUGCAGGUGGCAUCCCAUGGUUCGAGGAGAUGGUCGAGGGAAGCCGGCUAGGUCUGUUGAUGCGUCAACGACGUGGGAUGGGCGUUAGUCGCGACAAAUCGACCUCGAUCGAAUGGGAGAUCAGCGAAUGGCGUGACGAUGGCUCUGGUGGACUCGGACAGGAUAGCGAUGAUUCUAAUGGGCAGACUACAGGGAAGAGAAAGCGAGAGCGUCAGGUAGACGUGGAGGCCUCGCCCAAACGGGCGUGAUGGACCCGCGUACCUCCUAGGCGCCGCAAUCGCUGACUUAGCGAGG